AUGUGUGGAAUCAUCGCUUUGAUUCAGGCGAAUCCCUCGUCCUCCGCCGCCGUCGAUCUGCAUGAAGCCCUCUACCUCCUUCAACAUCGCGGUCAAGAUGCUGCGGGAAUUGCUACGUGUGCCGCCGGGGGUCGCAUCUACCAGCUGAAGUCCAACGGCAUGGCCGCCAAGGUCUUCAACGAUGGUGCCCGCGUCGCCGAUCUUCCCGGCUCCAUGGGUAUCGGCCAUCUCCGGUACCCGACGGCCGGGAGCAGCGCCAACGCCGAGGCUCAACCAUUCUAUGUCAACAGCCCGUACGGGAUCUGUCUCGCGCACAACGGCAACCUGAUCAAUGCCCCCGAGUUGAAGAGACACUUGGAUCUCGAGGCUCACCGUCACAUCAACACCGACAGUGACAGUGAGCUCAUGCUGAACAUCUUUGCUGAUGAGCUCAGCGAGACCAAGAAGGCCCGUGUCAACUGCGAGGAUCUCUUCUCCAGUCUGACCCGCAUGUACGAGCGCUGUGAGGGUGGCUGGGCCUGCACGGCCAUGCUGGCGGGCUUUGGUCUGUUGGGCUUCCGUGACUCGUACGGCAUCCGUCCCCUCGUCCUCGGCUCCCGGCGCGCCCUGGAAGGUGAGGGCACGGACUACAUGAUGGCCUCGGAAUCCGUCGCUUUGCAGCAGCUCGGUUUCACCAACAUCCGGGACGUCCAGCCCGGCGAGGCCGUCAUCCUGCCCAAGGGCCGCGAGCCCGUCUUCCGGCAGGUCGCCCCGAAGAAGGCCUACACGCCGGAUAUCUUCGAGUACGUCUACUUUGCCCGCCCGGAUACCGUCAUCGACGGUAUCAGCGUCUACCGCAGCCGGCAGCGCAUGGGCGACCGUCUGGCCGCCCGCAUCCUCAACGUGCUGGGCCCCGACGUCGUGAAGGAUAUCGACGUGGUGAUCCCCAUCCCGGAGACCUCCACCACGUCCGCCGCCGCCGUCGCCCGGUACCUCGACAAGCCCUACUGCCAGGGCUUCGUCAAGAACCGCUACGUCUUCCGCACCUUCAUCAUGCCCGAGCAGAAGACCCGCCAGCGCGGCGUCCGUCGCAAGCUCAACGCCAUGCAAGCCGAGUUCAAGGACCGAAAUGUCCUGCUCGUGGACGACAGUAUCGUGCGCGGCACCACCAGUCGCGAGAUCGUCUCCAUGGCUCGGGAGGCCGGCGCGAAGAAGGUCUACUUUGCGAGCUGCUCGCCGGAGAUCACACACGCGCACAUCUACGGUAUCGACCUGGCAUCGCCCACCGAGCUGGUGGCCCACAACCGCAGCGUCGAGUCCAUCGCCGAGCACAUCGGCGCCGACAACGUCAUCUACCAAACCCUGGAUGACCUGAAGGGCGCCUGCGCGGAGAUCGCCCAGGAGAACGGCCAGUCGGAGCCGCAUGACUUCGAAGUUGGCGUGUUCUGCGGCAACUACGUCACCCCGGUGUCCAAGGGCUACUUUGAGCACCUGGAGCAGAUUCGCGGCGAGGGCCGCAAAAUCAAGGCGCUCGACAAUGCUAAGGAGGCCGUCACGCACGGGUUCGCUAGCGAGAAGGACUUCCAGAUCGCCGCCAACGGCGUCAAGCUGGACUCCCGCGGCAACGUCAUCCCCGCCGCCAACCCGGGCGAAUCGCAAGUGCCCUCCGUCGGCUACAAUAGCACUUCCCAUUGUGAGCCUGAGGAGCCACCCAAGGUCAAGGAUCGCAUGGACAUCAGCAUCCACAACAUUGCGGAUCACGAUCAUGCGGCGUUGCCUGCAGCUGGACUGCGGGAUGUCAAGCCUGAGAUUACGAGUGACGGGGCUAUCUCCAAACGAAAGUCUGGACGAGGGAGUCUGAAGGCUGGGAGUAAACCUGUCCAAACAGAACGGCAGAACGCGGCAGGGCGGAAGAAAACGACUCCUGCUGAGAAGAGGAAGACGAAGGGGUCUGCGGAGAUAUUGAAGGAUGAUGAUGAGCUUCCGCAUAACCUGGGCUCGACUCCGGCGCUUCAGUCGAUCGAGAACAAGAACAAUCACACGCCGCGAUCAAAAACCCCAGCAGUAAAAGCUGAAGCGCCAGACCAGCCGCAAGAAAGUCUAGACAAUCCAACGACAACCAGCUUUCCCCCGCAAGCCCAAAAAUCCAAGAAAUUAAACACCUACGGCCUCACUCCCGGGGUCAGCCCAUUCCCAGACUGGAACCGUCCCACUGUCGAAGAAUGCGAGCAAGUCAAUCACCUUCUCUCUACCGUCCACGGGGAGAUCAUCCCCCCCGCCACCAUCCCGGAGCCCUCCCUAACAGUGACAGGCUGCGGCGAGGUCCCCUCAGUCCUGGACGCGCUGAUCCGCACCCUCCUCAGCGGCGCCACGACAGGGGCCAACUCCGCCCUUGCGUUCAGCGGGCUCGUCCAGAAAUUCGGUCUCUUAGACCACGGGAUUGGCAAAGGCAGCGUCGACUGGGACGCCGUCCGCCGCGCGCCCCUGCAGGACGUCUUCGAAGCCAUCAAAAGCGGCGGGCUCGCUGCCAUGAAGAGCAAGAACAUCAAGGCAAUCCUAGACAUGGUCUACGAAGAGAACCAGCUCCGCCGCUCCAUUCUCGUCAAAGGCGAGGAGGACGUUACAAGCGACCUGGGAAAGAAAUCCACCGGCGGCAAGCUGUACGAGAUUGCCUGCGCGGACCAGAACUUCCUCUCUCUCAACCACCUUCACGAUUUGCCCACCGAGGACGCCAUGACGGCGCUCGUCAAGUAUCCUGGUAUUGGGCCAAAGACUGCAGCAUGUGUGCUGCUUUUCUGCCUGCAGCGGCCGUGCUUUGCCGUCGAUACACACAUCUUCCGUAUCUGUAAAUGGCUCGGCUGGGUGCCGCCAACGAAGGCCACAGAGAUCACAGCCUUCAGCCAUUUAGAAGUGCGCAUCCCUGACCGUCUCAAGUACUCGCUUCAUCAGCUUUUGAUCCGUCACGGUAAGGCCUGUCCGCGCUGUCGCGCGAUCACUGGGCAAUCGUCCGCAGGGUGGGACGACGGCUGUGUGAUUGACCAUUUGGUGAAGCGGACGGGGAAGCGCAAGGGAUGA